AUGCACAGCAACAUAAAAGUUGCACGAGUUGUGGCAGUUUAUGGGACCCUCUCAGACCUGCUCUCCGUGGCCAGUAACAAGCUGGGAAUCAAAGCCACCAGUGUUUACAAUGGGAAAGGGGGACUCAUUGAUGACAUUGCUUUGAUCAGGGAUGAUGAUGUUUUGUUUGUCUGUGAAGGGGAACCAUUCAUUGAUCCUCAGACUGAUGGAAGACCUCAUGAAGAGCUGACAGGGUCCCACACAGACUGGUUAACACUCAAUGUUGGAGGCAGAUACUUCACCACUACAAGGAGCACUUUGGUUAAUAAAGAACCUGACAGCAUGUUGGCCCACAUGUUUAAAGACAAAGAUGCUUGGGGAAAUAAGCAAGAUCAUAGAGGAGCAUUCCUAAUUGACCGCAGCCCAGAGUAUUUUGAGCCAAUUUUGAACUAUUUACGUCACGGACAGCUCAUUGUAAAUGAUGGCAUUAAUUUGCUAGGUGUUUUGGAAGAAGCCAGGUUUUUUGGUAUCGAUUCACUAAUCGAACAUCUAGAAAUAGCUAUUAAGAAUUCCCAGCCAGCUGAGGAUCAUUCCCCCAUCUCUCGGAAGGAAUUUGUCCGAUUACUGCUGGCAACUCCAACCAAGUCUGAGCUGCGAUGUCAGGGUCUCAAUUUCAGUGGGGCAGAUCUCUCCCGGCUAGAUCUUCGCUACAUCAACUUCAAGAUGGCAAAUCUGAGCCGCUGCAACCUGGCCCAUGCCAACCUGUGCUGUGCAAACCUGGAGAGAGCUGACCUCUCUGGCUCUGUGCUGGAUUGUGCAAACCUUCAAGGGGUGAAGAUGCUGUGUUCCAAUGCAGAAGGAGCCUCUCUAAAAGGCUGCAAUUUUGAAGAUCCAUCAGGCCUUAAAGCUAAUUUGGAAGGUGCUAACCUGAAAGGUGUGGACAUGGAAGGCAGUCAAAUGACAGGAAUUAACCUCAGAGUUGCAACACUGAAAAAUGCAAAACUAAAAAACUGUAAUCUUAGAGGAGCAACUUUGGCAGGAACUGAUUUGGAAAAUUGUGAUCUAUCAGGCUGUGACCUCCAAGAAGCUAAUUUGAGGGGAUCUAAUGUAAAAGGAGCUAUCUUUGAAGAGAUGCUGACACCUUUGCACAUGUCUCAGAGCGUCAGAUAGGGAAGACAACGUGCUGAAGAGGAAGGAAUCAAAACGUUUAUUGUGACUUUCUUCACCUCCUCCCCUUAUUAAAUUAGAAGUAAUGGUUAUUAGACAAC